UGGCGUUCAAGAAGGGGGCAAGCCGGUUAGGUGGUAGAGGACGGAGCGCCUACUUUACAAACGCGUCGGAUGAAGGAGACUAGGGCUUAAUUUUGGAACUCGUUCAAGGGGAAGGAGGUUUUACGUCUUCAAUGAGUGCGACGAUGGUACCAGGCGGUGACGCAACGCCUUCCGUUCUCAUAUGACAUGGUUUCCCAAGCAGCCGUCCCCUGCCCAGUUGACUCUCUCUCUCUCUCUCUCUGCGCAAUCUCGACAACGGGGAACGCUUCUGGAAUUAAUUCCAUGUUGGCUCGUGCAGUUUGAUGAAGCCCGGCGAGUAAUGGGCCGGAUCACCAGCCCCUUCUCCGCCGGAGGCGCAUUUUCCGGCGGUGCCGAAGGAUCAUCUACUUCACGUUUUCCAGCGUGCAGCCUUGCUAAAUUCGGUGCUCUCUGUUUCUGACCACGUCUAGACAGAGGGGUGCUGCUGGUUUUGGGUCACUGCAUCAUGCCUUCUCUCCAACUGUUUCAAUUGACAGAGCAUGGUCGGCAUUUUGGGCCAUCGAGAAGGAGAGCUCUUGCUGUUGCCACUGCUGUUUUUCUUACUGGAGGUACUGCUGCGUAUCUGCAUUCCCGGAGAUGCAGAGGUCAUUCACAAAAUUAUUUUAGAACGAAGACAGAGCUUGAUAGUGGUGCUGAAAAAUCAAAUAAUGUUGAUACAAAUGGUCCUCACCAUCAAGGAAAAUUACAGAAGAGAAGUGGAUUGAAAUCGUUACAUAUUCUGGCCAGGAUUCUUCUUUCACGUAUUGGUGAAAAAGGGAUUCAGAACCUCGUAUCUCUGGUUGCCAUAGCAGUAGUACGAACUGCUAUGGGCAAUAGGUUGGCGAAAGUUCAAGGCUUUCUGUUUCGGGCUGCUUUUCUUGGGCGCUUACCUUCUUUUAUUCGUCUUAUUGCUGAAAACCUGCUUUUAUGCUUUCUUCAGUCUACAUUGUUUUCGACGUCAAAGUAUUUAACAGGAGUGUUGGGUCUGCGAUUCAGAAGGAUAUUGACUGAGCUUAUUCAUGCUGAUUACUUUGAGAAUAUGGCGUAUUACAAGAUGUCACAUGUAGAUGGUCGAAUAAGUAGUCCAGAACAGAGGAUUGCAAGUGAUAUACCAAAAUUUUGUUCGGAGUUGAGUGAGCUUGUACAUGAGGACUCAAUGGCUGUUGCCGAUGCACUUCUUUAUACCUGGCGCCUGUGUUCUUAUGCCAGUCCAAAAUAUUUUUUUUGGAUAAUAGCAUAUGUUCUUGGUGUGGGUUUUGUGAUAAGAAAUUUUUCUCCUGCUUUUGGGAAGCUAAUGUCCAAGGAGCAGCAAUUAGAAGGAGAUUACCGACAGUUGCAUUCUCGGUUAAGGACCCAUGCAGAAAGUAUUGCAUUUUAUGGGGGUGAAAAAAGGGAAGCUAGCCACAUACGUGAUCAGUUCAGGACACUUGUUGGUCAUCUGAAUCUUGUCCUCCAUGACCACUGGUGGUUUGGGAUGGUUCAAGACUUUUUGUUAAAGUACCUGGGUGCUACUGUUGCUGUCGUCCUUAUUAUUGAACCAUUUUUUUCUGGAAAAUUGAAGCCAGACACUUCCACUCUUGGACGGGCAGAUAUGUUAAGCAAUCUGAGAUACCAUACAAGUGUUAUCAUUUCACUCUUUCAAUCACUGGGUACACUUUCCAUAAGUUCACGGCGUCUUAAUCGUCUAAGUGGUUAUGCUGAUCGUAUACAUGAAUUAAUGGUGAUUGCAAAGGAGCUGGCUGCUCAUGAUAAAUCUCUUCAAAAUAGUAAAACUAAGACAUAUCAAAGUGAAGCCAAUUAUAUUGAAUUUUCAGGAGUGAAGGUAGUAACUCCAACUGGCAAUGUUCUCGUGGAAGAUUUAACUCUUAAAGUGGAACAGGGCUCUAAUCUGUUGAUCACAGGACCAAAUGGGAGUGGGAAAAGUUCUCUUUUUCGAGUACUUGGAGGCCUUUGGCCAUUGGUUUCUGGCCAUAUUGUUAAACCUGGGCUGAGUUCAGACCUCAACAAAGAGAUAUUUUAUGUGCCACAAAGGCCAUAUACAGCUGUGGGAACACUUCGUGAUCAGUUGAUUUAUCCCCUCACUGCAAGGGAGGAGACUAACCCACUUACAUAUGAUGGCAUGGUUGAUCUACUGAAAAAUGUUGAUCUGGAAUACUUGUUGGAACGAUACCCACUUGACAAGGAAAUAAACUGGGGUGAUGAACUUUCCCUUGGGGAGCAACAGAGACUAGGAAUGGCUAGGCUAUUUUAUCAUAAACCAAAAUUUGCCAUUCUAGAUGAAUGCACGAGUGCUGUCACAACUGACAUGGAAGAGCGCUUUUGUUCUAAAGUCCGGGCCAUGGGGACAUCAUGUAUCACUAUAUCACACAGGCCUGCCCUUGUGGCUUUCCAUGAUAUGGUCCUGUCCUUGGAUGGAGAAGGUGGUUGGAGUGUCCGUUAUAGGAGGGAGAAUGUGUCUAAUGCCGAGGGAACAAGGUUCAACCUUCUAGAAGCAUCUGAAACAGGUCGCCAAAAAGAUGCAAUGGUUGUCCAAAAGGCUUUUGCAUCUGAAAGCAAGGAUACUUCAUUCGGCAGCUCAAAGUUCAGUGAUUCAUACAUAAAGGAAGUUCUGGCCAGGUCAACAAUUGCUGAUUAUAGGUUGCAGUUACCGAAUGUUCCUCUGCUACAAAAGGCACCGAAAAGUGCAGCAAUUAGGGUGGCCAAUAUGCUUAAAAUUUUGGUGCCUUCUCUAUUCGAUAAACAGGGGUCAAAAUUGUUUGCUGUGGCUGUACUGGUUAUAUCUCGGACAUGGGUUUCAGAUAGGAUUGCUUCUUUAAAUGGUACUAGCGUAAAGUUCGUGCUGGAGCAGGAUAAGCGAGCCUUUAUUCGGUUAAUUGGCAUUAGUGUCCUUCAGAGUGCUGCAUCAGCUGUUCUUGCACCUUCCCUCAGAUACUUGACUGCAAAACUUGCUCUAGGGUGGCGUAUCCGUUUGACCCAACAUUUGUUGAGGAGCUAUUUCAAGAAUAAUGCAUAUUACAAGGUAUUUUACAUGUCAAGUAAAGACUUGGAUGCAGACCAGAGAAUAACACAUGAUGUAGAAAAGCUGACAACUGAGUUGUCUGGGCUGGUUACAGGAAUGGUAAAGCCAACUGUUGAUAUCAUCUGGUUUGCAUGGAGAAUGAAGAUGCUUACUGGCCGAAGAGGAGUUGCUAUAUUGUACACUUACAUGCUAUUGGGUCUUGGUUUCUUAAGGAUUGCCAGUCCAGACUUUGGUGACCUUUCUAGCAAGGAACAACAGCUCGAGGGAAUAUUUAGAUUUAUGCACUCGAGACUUCGAACUCAUGCAGAGUCUGUUGCUUUCUUUGGUGGUGGUACCCGAGAACGAGCUAUGGUUGAAUCAAAAUUUCGGGAGUUGCUCCAGCACUCUCGUCUUUUACUAAAGAAAAAGUGGUUAUUUGGUAUAUUGGAUGACUUUGUUACAAAGCAACUUCCACAUAACGUGACAUGGGGUUUGAGUUUGUUAUAUGCUAUGGAACAUAAGGGUGAUCGAGCUUUAACCUCUACUCAAGGGGAUUUGGCACAUGCAUUACGGUUCUUGGCUUCAGUUGUAUCACAGAGCUUUCUUGCAUUUGGCGACAUUCUUGAGUUACACAAGAAGUUUCUUGAGCUUACUGGUGGCAUCAAUCGAGUCUUUGAGUUGGAAGAGCUUCUAGAUGCUGCCCAACUUGCUGUUCCUUCUGAUUCACUAUCCGAGAGGGCAGUCUUCCCCUCUCCUACAGAUGUAAUCUCCUUCUCAGAUGUGGAUAUAAUCAGUCCAGCCCAGAAGGUGCUAGCAAGGCAGCUUUCAUUUGAAAUAACUCCAGGAAAAAGCCUGCUUGUCACUGGUCCCAAUGGAAGUGGAAAAAGCUCUAUAUUUAGGGUCCUCCGUGGUUUAUGGCCCAUUGUGAGUGGGAGACUCAUUCAGCCCAGGCAAAGUUCACAUGAAGUUCAAGGAUCAUGUGAUGUUUUUUAUGUUCCUCAACGGCCAUAUACAUGUUUAGGAACAUUGAGGGAUCAGAUUAUUUAUCCACUCUCUCAGCAUGAAGCGGAGCAGAUGGUGUCAAAGAUCUCUGGAUCAGGCGAUAGAUCUCAUCCAGCUCAACUGUUGGAUGCUCGAUUAUGUUUUGUUCUUCAGAAUGUUCGACUGACCUACCUUGUAGAAAGGGAGGAGGGUGGCUGGGAUGCUACCCAAAGUUGGGAAGAUGUUCUUUCUCUUGGGGAGCAACAAAGGCUCGGCAUGGCACGGUUAUUCUUCCACCAUCCGAGAUUUGGAAUUCUUGAUGAAUGUACCAAUGCAACAAGUGUUGACAUUGAAGAGCACCUUUACAAACUUGCCAAGGAGAUGGGAAUUACUGUUGUGACUACUUCUCAAAGGCCUGCCUUGAUACCAUUCCAUUCGGUAGAAUUGAGAUUGAUUGAUGGUGAAGGUAACUGGGAACUGUAUUUGAUCAACAGCUGAAAGCAGGAAUCAAGUUUCGACACCAGCUGAAGUAACACAAGUUUAAGCAGUAGAGAACUGGAACCUACAUUCCAUAUGUGCAGACACCCUGAGCACAAAGACAGUUCCAUUGAUGCGUGGAUAGUAGAAGGUUGCUGAUUGCAGGUGCAUCUGUGGGUUGUGCUUGAUUCUGUGUGGAACCAGCUGUGCGGCUGACUGAAGCACUAUGAAAACUCUUGCAGCUUGGUGCACUUUGUCUGGAUUGAACAGUUUGUGCAUCAGAAAUGUGGAAAGGGAAAAUGCAUAAUUAGCUGCGACUCCAUCGUAUCAUUUAAAGUUCACCAUUCAUCCUGACAGGUGCAUUCUCAACAGAUGUACAUACUAGAUGAAGUGCAAUAAAAUUGCCACUAAUAUAUUGAGGUAAAAGCUUCAAAGGAGGCAGCUAUAUUUCACAUGAUGUGAAGGACAUGUAUGGAAUAAUGAAGCUGUACUCUUUCACCUUCCAUCAUUUCCAUUUUCACAUAAUUCGAAAUACAUGUGUGUAAAGGGUUGACGUUGAUCCUGCCUCACCUUCCAUUCCAUUUUCACCUAUGCACAUAUUCAUGUAAGAGGCUAGGUAAGCAACUUGUGUUCCUUUGCCAUGUAUCUGUACAUAAGGCUGUAAGAUGCCAAUUCUUUUAGUGGCUGUUCUAUAUUCAUGAAAAAUUCAUUUCUGCUAA